UAGGACAGCCGGUGUUUCAGUGCAUCAUCCUCUGUGUCUGUGUGGGAGGAGGGAGGGUGUAUCCUAGCGGGAAGCUUUUCCUUGUUGUAGAAACCCACCGACCGACUGCCAGCCGUUACUUCACUGCAGCAGCAAUCAGCCAGACUCUAACCUGCCUUUCCCCUCCUCUUUUCUCUCUCUCUCUCUCUCUCUGCAUAUGCAGCAGAGCUGCCCUCCUCUCCUCCUCAUCACUUUGCCACUCCUGCGGCAUUGCUCUGUGCUGGAAGGGGACGCCGGCCUGCUCCUCACCCACUGAUUCUGCAUGACUGUCACAAAGAUGUCAUGGCGUCCGACCUACCGAAGCUCCAAGUUUCGAAACGUCUACGGAAAAGUGGGCAACAGGGAGCACUGCUACGACGGCAUCCCCAUCACCAAGAACGUCCACGACAACCACUUCUGUGCCGUCAACUCCAAGUUCCUGGCAGUCGUCACGGAGAGCGCCGGCGGGGGAUCCUUCAUCAUUAUACCUGUAUCCCAGUCUGGACGCCUGGACUCUCAUUACCCCAAAGUGUGCGGCCACCAGGGCAAUGUGCUCGAUAUCAAGUGGAAUCCCUUCUUUGAAAACAUCAUAGCAUCCUGCUCUGAGGACACCUCGGUCCGAGUAUGGGAGAUCCCAGAGGGCGGCUUGAGGCGAAACAUGACGGAGGCGGUUCUGGAGCUGUACGGUCACAGCAGACGGGUGGGUCUGAUCGAGUGGCACCCGACCAGCAGCGGCAUCCUCUUCAGUGCAGGAUACGACUAUAAGAUCCUCAUCUGGAACCUGGAGAUCGGGGAGCCGGUGAAGAUGAUCGACUGCCACACCGACGUCAUCCUCAGCAUGUCCUUCAAUACAGACGGCAGCCUGCUGGCCACCAGCUGCAAAGACAAGAAGCUGCGCGUCAUUGAGCCACGCUCCGGGAGAGUCCUUCAGCAAGCCAGCUGUAAGAACCACCGUGUGAACCGAGUGGUGUUCCUGGGCAACAUGAAGCGACUGCUCACCACGGGAGUUUCUCGCUGGAACACCCGGCAGAUCGCUCUCUGGGAUCAGGAGGAUUUGUCGAUGCCGAUUGUGGAGGAGGACAUAGACGGGCUCUCGGGACUGUUGUUUCCGUUCUAUGACACCGACACCCACAUGUUGUACCUGGCAGGAAAGGGCGAUGGAAACAUCCGUUACUUUGAAAUCACCACAGAGAAGCCAUACAUCCAAUACCUAAUGGAGUUCCGGUCCCCGGCCCCGCAGAAAGGACUCGGUGUGAUGCCAAAGCACGGGCUGGAUGUGGCAGCCUGCGAGGUGUUUCGCUUCUACAAACUGGUGACGCUGAAGGGUUUGAUUGAGCCAAUUUCCAUGAUUGUGCCGAGGAGGUCCGACACAUACCAGGAGGACAUCUACCCCAUGACAGCAGGGACAGAACCCGCCCUGUCCGCCAGCGAAUGGCUCAGCGGAAUCGAUAGAGACCCCGUCUUGAUGUCCCUGAAGGACGGUUACCACCGGCCAAACCAGCUAGUGUUCAAGGCCCCGGUGAAGGAGAAGAAGAGCGUGGUGGUGAAUGGGAUCGACCUCCUGGAGAACGUACCGCCCCGGACGGAGAACGAGCUCCUGCGGAUGUUUUUCCGGCAGCAGGAUGAGCUGCGGCGGCUGAAGGAGGAGCUGACCACCAAGGAUGUGCGAAUACGCCAGCUGGAGCUGGAGCUCAACAACCUGAAGAACGUUAGUCCCACCAACGUCUGACCUCGGAGCCUCCCGGACUGGCAAAGCUGCCCCCAACUCAGACCUCCACAAGCUCCUGAGCCCCCCGCCCUGCUUUUUUGAUAUAUGUCAUUAUAUCAUAAGUUCAUUCCUGCUGCCCGCAUAGUGCUCACGAUAGUAUGGUAACUGGGAUAAGUGUUGACUGAUUAACUGGAGUCUUGUAGUGAUCAUCAGAGAUGUAGGCGAGACAGUUCAGGGAUCACCGCUCACACAUUCAACUGAUGAGAGCCAGAUUCUGAGAUCCAGUCAGUUUUGGUGUUUUCUGUUUUUAUAAAUGAGUGUUAGGAUUGAAUAUUUCCACCACACCGCCUCGGUAUUCAUCUCACCAUGCCUGCCCUGUUGUCCUCGUGGCAAUGCCUUGAUCACCGUUUCCCAUCCUCUCGUACCGACCAAACCACCUACGAAUCCUCAUCCAGGUUCAAACCGGAGGAUGAAACAGACCAUCAGCGGCUCCUGUUCUUCUUCCCUAAGGCCUUAGACCCUGCUGCACUUUGCAGCGAGCUGCAGCAUCUCAACAUGGCUGAUGUGAAGUAGUUUUCUGACAGACCGAAGAGUUCUGCUGAGGUGGAUCGUGUUUUAUCACAAAGCUGCUUAUCCUGUAACUGCUUUCCUCACCUACAAAUGUUGACUAUAGAUCUACUCAGUAACACAUAGCUCUCUGAAAUGCAGUCAGGAGGGUGGACAGCUCACACUCUUCUUCCUGUUUAUUUAAAUAGUGGGAAAGCAGUGGAGAACUUGGAUCCAGGUGGUGGACUUUAUUGGCUGUUACUGGUAUUUAGGGCUAAUUUUGAGGAUGGGGGUAAUGUAUAUUUGCUUCUAUUUAUUUGUCACAUCUUACCUUUUUGGCUACUGACAUGUAUAAUUGUUAAUCCCACUGUUUUUGUACGACGUGGCUGCGUAAGUAAUGAUUGUGAUGCUUGAUAGAUUUCUGCUGAAUGUUUCUGGUUGAAACGGUGCGAGAUUUGUGUGAAAUGGCACCUUAAACAGUAUUUAGUUCUUCGACUCCAACUGCAUAACUUAAGCUAAGUUAUAAAGCUAUAUUCUUGCCUCUUCCUAACAGUGCAGACUGUAUUAAUAACCAUCCUUUUACAUUUAAACUUAAGUAUAUUACUCUUACUGAGACGUGUUCGCCUGUAGCUCUGUAAUUUUGCUUUUAAGACUUCAGGUCAUCUGCCUCUCCUCCACUUGUACCAUCAACAGAUUUUAGGCUAAACUGUAGUUUAAAUGCCUCAAUUUUACCACCAAAUAUUGCUUUCCGUUAGUGUUACAUUUUAAGAGAAAUGGGGACUGCAUUAACAGUCGAUUGGCUCCGAUAUAAUGGCCAGGUUCAAGAAAGAUUCUGCUCAAAAGCCAUUUUCAGUUAGAAUUUGUAUGUAGAAAGUAAGUCAAGGAUUAAAGGUCACAAGUCUUCUCUGAUCACAUCACAGCAGGGACAUAAAGGGUCAAAAGCUUGAAAAUAAAAACAUAGGAACCCUUGAAAAGUAGACUUGAACUAGCGACAGGCUAAUGGUAAAUGUGUGUGUUUCUUGCAGGGAAAAUAAAAAGCUACAGUGAAAGUAGAAAGAGCGAAAAGGGAUCUUCCAGACUGACAAGGCUUCUCAUGUAGACGAACCGAGGACUAAAAAUCAACCUUUAGCUGUUCUUGUUGGAGAAGGUAAGGUAACGAGGCAGAAAUGUGCUUUUAAAAUGUCUUUUUGUACAGUUGCUAAAUGGCAUUUUGACUUUGAAAAACUGGCAGAACCUCAAAAUUUGUUAGUACUGAGCUGAAAUUUUUGGGAAUUGAGUAAAACCUGGCUUCAACUUGUA